AUGAUCUGGCGCCUGUCUGGUGCCCACGCCGCCCUCCCCGCCAGCGUUGCCCUCCUUUUCUUCCCCCUCGUGGUCGCUCAGCAGCAGCAGCCUCUCGCACGCAAUAUCGACACCCCACACGAACUCUUUCGCAACACACACUCUCAGCCACACUUUCAACCACACGCUCACCCUCACCUCGCAAACCCAAACGAUGCGAGCGCCCUAGCGACUUUUGCUCCGGCGGCCUCCAGUUCCGCCGUUCGAGCACCUCCUGCCCAGACUGCUGGUCCGAUUCCGCAGCUCCAAGCGCGGUCGUUGCAGGAUUGGGAGGUCGAGGACUUUGUCCUCCUGGCGACCGUCGAUGGGACCAUUCAUUCGAGAGAUCGCAAGACUGGUGCUGCUCGGUGGGCCCUCGAGAUCCCGAGUAGCCCAAUGGUGGAAACAAUCUAUCACCAGUCCAAUCGAUCUGGGUUUGCAGACGUGCAACCCGAGGAUGAUUUUCUUUGGAUCGUGGAACCUAGUCGGGAUGGUGAUCUUUACAUCUACAACCAGGCCCCAAAUGGCGGUCUUCAGAAGCUGGGGCUGACCGUGAGGGCUCUGGUUGACGAGACUCCAUAUUCAGGAAUAGAUCCUCCAGUCACUUACACAGCAAGGAAAGAAACCACCCUGUAUACGGUAGAUGCGCGAACCGGUGCGAUUCUCCGUGUUUUUAGUUCUCGAGGUUCCGCUGCGACAGAGCAGAGAUGCCGGCGAGUCAAUGACCUGGAGGUCCUCGAUGAUGAUGAUGAUGAUGAUCAUGAUGAUGGUGGAGAAGAAUGUGAAACAAGUGGCACCCUCACCAUUGGCCGUCUCGAAUACGUGGUAACUAUUCAGAACACUGAAACCGGCAAUCCUAUUUGCACCAUCAAAUACUCCGAAUGGGCCCCCAACAAUCGUGAUGUCGACCUCCAAAGCCAGUAUUUUCGAACGAUGGACGAACGCCACAUCUACAGCAUGCACGACGGUGUCAUCUUCGGGUUCGACCACUCAAAAGUAGAUGGACGCCGUUACACCCAGAAGUUUAAUUCCCCGGUAGCACGCGUGUUCGACGUUGCCCGUCCUGCUCGUGUUGACUCGGCUGACACCUCCCUGGUUCUCCUUGCCCAGCCGCUGAGUCCCCCGGAUGCCAAUGUUGCUUUAUCUGGCCCAGAAGACCGAGAGUCUCGUGUCUUCGUAAAUUGUACCGAGAAUGGUGGCUGGUAUGCGAUGUCAGAAUCCACUUACCCUCUAGUAACAGGGCGUGCCAGACUAGCAGAAUGCUACGAGAGAGACUAUCCUGCAAAUGAGAAACCGUUGAUGAGCCACAGCCUUGCUCAGCAGAGGGCUGCUCUUGUCGGCGUUCACUCGCUCAAUGAGCCAUCAGACAAGUAUCAACGAACCAUUCCCAGCAUUUCAGGGCCCCCAACCGAUUGGUCGAAUGAUACCCCCCGAGAUAUCGUGAGAGUUCCAACUAGGUCUCCUCCCCAACCUACCAUUAGGCCCCACGUUCUAAUUCAAAAGGGAUGGGACAAUGUGGUUGAUGUCAUCGUCAUCCUCAUACUCCUCGCAUUCGGAACCUUCAUCUACUUCAACACUCACAAUUUACAGGAGCUUGCGAAACAGAAACUUGAUCUUAAAAACGUUAUCUCUAUCAAUGGGAAGCCCUUGUCUACGACACCUUCAACGCCUAUCAUCACCUCAACGCCGACAAUCCCGUCCGAGUUAGACGAGACAAGGGUUCCAUCCAAAAAUAUAGAUUCUCGUCACACGUCGGAAGUUACUUUUGAUAUCAGCACCCCAAACUCCGAUGAGGGGAACACAACUUCUCGGCCGAAUCCACGAAGUUCGAGAGCUGUUAAUUCUACCCCUAAGGUUAGAAUUGAGGAACCUCACCAGAAUAAUGAUGAAGACGACGACGUGGAAGAGCUUUCCCUGCUUCAAACCCCCGAGAAAGCAAAGAAAAAAGCCCGUCGUGGACGACGGGGUGGUCAAGCCCAUAAACGUGGCAAGAAGAACCAGAAUCAAAAACAGGGGGAAGAGGGGGACGUUAAAACUUCCGCAAACCUGGAAUCCGACACCGACAGAAAUGAGCCUGGUAAAAAUCUGGGACCCGAGAAGCAAAUUGUAAGGAGUAUCUCAACAGAAAUGAUGGAGAUGGAUGGAUCAAUUAGAAUCGGUCAAUUGAAGGUUCAUACCGAUAAAGUUUUAGGGCAUGGCAGCCAUGGAACUGUGGUUUACAAGGGUUCAUUUGACGGUCGGGAUGUAGCGGUUAAAAGGAUGUUGGUGGAGUUUUAUGAUAUUGCGUCCCACGAGGUUGGUUUGCUUCAGGAAAGCGAUGACCAUAACAACGUCAUUCGAUAUUUUUGCCGUGAACAAACUGCUGGUUUUCUUUAUAUUGGGCUUGAGCUCUGUCCUGCCUCAUUACAGGAUGUAGUUGAAAAGCAGUUUGAUUAUCCUGACCUUGUCAACGGGGGGUUGGAUGUUCCGGAUAUAUUAUGGCAAAUCACUUCCGGGGUUCGGUAUCUCCACUCAUUGAAAAUUGUCCAUCGUGAUUUGAAACCUCAAAAUAUCCUUGUGACGGCACCGAAACUUCGAACCGGUUCAAGUUCUCUCAGGCUUCUCAUCUCCGACUUUGGUCUGUGUAAAAAGUUGGAAGACAACCAAAGCUCCUUCAGAGCAACAACUGCGCAUGCUGCUGGGACGUCUGGCUGGCGUGCACCGGAACUCCUCGUCGACGAUGACCAAAGCGUUGCGAACCCUGCGACCUGGGAUAACCAGAGCGCUGACUCAUCUGAGCCGGCGGUAGUUGAUCCUCAGACAAACCGACGAGCGACACGUGCUAUCGAUAUCUUCUCCCUUGGCUGUGUGUUUUACUAUGUUUUGACGCGAGGCGGGCAUCCAUUCGACAAAGAUGGCAAAUUCAUGCGCGAGGCGAACAUCGUUAAAGGAUAUCACAACCUGGAUGAUUUACAGAAACUUGGAGAUUACGCUUUUGAGGCAGAUGAUUUGAUCAGGCAAAUGCUGUCUCUGGAUCCACGACGUCGUCCUGACGCUACUUCUGUUUUGCUCCAUCCCUUCUUUUGGUCGCCCACAGAACGUCUUAACUUCCUAUGCGACGUGUCAGAUCAUUUUGAAUUCGAACCCCGCGAUCCUCCUUCUCCUGCCCUUCUCUGCCUCGAAUCUGUUGCCCCUGACGUCAUGGGACUGGAUAUGGACUUCCUCAAGAUGUUGCCCAAAGAUUUCAAGGACAGCCUUGGCAAGCAGCGGAAGUAUACUGGUUCAAAGAUGCUUGACCUACUGCGUGCUCUUCGCAACAAGCGCAACCAUUACAAUGACAUGCCGGAACACCUCAAAGCCCACAUUGGAGGGUUGCCUGUGGGGUAUCUCCAAUUCUGGGGGGUGCGAUUCCCUAGCCUGUUGAUUAAUUGUCACUGGGUUAUUUUGCAGUUGCAACUUACCAACACAGAACGAUUCAGACGCUACUUCACACCCCCUGCGUAA